AUGAAACGGAAGGAGGAUGAAAAUAUGCUUGAUCAUAUAGAACAGGCAAGAAGUGAGGUUAAAGAGCAUGAUUUGGUGAAAACAGAACUUUUAAGCAUAAUAACUGCUGAAAUGAAAGAAGUAAUUGGGGAUAUAAAGAGGUUUAUGAUGACAAAUAUUGAGUUUAUUAACAAAAAUUUAGAAUUAAUUAAAGAAUUAGAAAAAGAAUGUAUCGACGAAGUAAACAGAGUUAAAAACAUGGAAAAUCUACUAGAAAAGUUAUCAAAACUAAAAGUCCAGGACAGGAAGGCGAUUAAAUUUUAUAGUUGUCAAACUUUAGGUCAUUAUGUAAGUGAAUGUCAAAACCGAAGAAAAAAAUAUGGAAAAACAACAAAGCACCAAUGA